AUGACAGACGUGUCGUCGAUAAAGGCGCACGCUGAUCAUCAGCCGGCUUCCGUCGCCCACUACGGUCCUCCACCUCCCGCUUUCACCAACGGCUCGCCUGCGCUGGAGGGCACCAUCGAGGAAGAAGAGUCCUCGACCAUCAAAUGCAUCUGCGGGUUCUCGGACGACGACGGAAACACUGUUCUGUGCGAAAAGUGCGAUACGUGGCAGCACAUUGUGUGUUACUACGAGAGCGCCAGCCAUGUACCUGACGUCCAUGAGUGCGUAGACUGUCUCCCCAGGCCGGUUGAUCGGAAGAGCGCUGUCGAUAAGCAACGGCAACGCCGAGAACUACACAAUUUCGGUGAGCGCAAGGGUCGACCGAGAACUACCACCAAAAGCCAUAAGAAGCGACAAAAAGACCCUCUAGGCGCGGUGCAGCCCAACGGCUGGGCCAUUCAGUCGAACAACGAUCUUCAUUACAAUCCAGACCGGAAGAGCGGGAGCCCACGCGACUUACCACCUCCUGCCAAACGCCCCAAGACAAGUCAUCGGCCCUCUACGAGCAUAAUCAGUCAAGCGCCAGCGCUCGCACCAGGGUCUCGGAAACGAGGCAGCUCCGUGAUGCUCAACGGUCAUAGCCCUGUCAAGUCGCCUAUCAACCCAGAAGGCCCCAUCGAAGAGUUCUCACUCGAGUUCAUGAACCUUUACCGACAAGCGGAGCCGCCUUCGACCGACACGAAUUCCUUCACCGAUCUCAGAGUAACGAACGAUAUUGCGUCGUGGCUGAACGACCGCGAUGCACUCGCUGAGGCGACGGAAGGCAAAACCCCGGCCGAUGUGUUCCAGCGGAUCGAUCAGUCGAUCGAGGACAUGGAAAAGUCUCUCGCACCGGUCGUUAUCAAGCAGACCGAAGAAGACCACAAUACAAAAGCCUACGGCUUGCACCCUCAAUGGCACCUUAUCAUUGUAGAAACACCUGUCGCUAAAGAAGGCUUCAUCGGCGAACUCAAAGGCCGCAUUGGCAGGAAGGAUGACUAUUACAAUGACCCUGCAAACCGUUGGCAACUCUUGCAACACCCAGAACCGUUUGUUUUCUUUCCUCCGCACCUACCCAUAUACAUUGACACACGGUACGAAGGCACAAUACUUCGGUAUGCUAGGAGGAGCUGCAACCCAAACAUGGAGAUGAAGAUUUUAACGCAAGGCCCCGAGAGUGGUGCUCACUUCUGUUUCCUCGCAACACGAGAUAUAGAGCCGGGCGAAGAACUUACAGUCGGGUGGAACAUCAACGAUUCGAUAAUGAAGCAACUGGUCAAGGUUGUCACAAACGGCGACAUCAAAAAAGAGGGACUCAAGAAGAUUCAGCCCUGGAUUGCAUGCGUACUCGCCAACUUCGGCGGGUGCGCUUGCGACAACGGAUCUGGUCACGAAUGUCUGCUGCAGCUCGCUCGGCGCACGGCUACUACUUAUGCGGAGCCAGCGCAGCCUUCGAAGGCUGCGAAGGGACGAAAGACAAAGAAAACUCAAGUGUCCCCGUUAAGCACCGGCCAUGCAACAAAUAGCCGUGCGGGGAGCGAAGCCAUACAUCGCGAUGCUCACGACGAUGAAAACGGCGACAGCCGCUCAACAUCAGGCUCGCACAAGUCCAGUAGUCGCGAUAUUACACCCGCUACUCAUUUCUCGUUAGACGAGAGUAAUGGAAAGAUGUCUGAGCGGGAGAGACGCAAGCUACAGCAACAGGAACGUCUUUUCGAGCAAAUGGACUAUGACGAGCAGCACAAGGGGAAACGGGGAAAGAGGCAUAGCGCUGGGUCGGCACUCAAUACGCCCGGCCUUUCGUCUUCUGUAAGCCGCCCUCCACGUCCACCGCUUUUUGAAGCUAACAAUCUUACGCAGAAGCAGCUCGGUCACAAUGAACCGUCGCCGUCUUCACGUCAUCCUCGCGAACAUAGCAAUGGCGUCGCACGGAAAGCCUCGGGUGGCUCGUCGAGAACGAACGGCCGUGUUCCAUCGAAACCGAAACCAGUGUACGUAGACAGCUCUACGCAGACUGAGGAAAAAAUGCUCGCGAUAGAUACGCCAGCCCGUUCCACAAGGCCCAUAAGACCGUUCAUCUCUUUCAAACGUAGGCUGCUUCAGCAAGCGCAAGACGACAAGGUACAGAGGGAGCGCAUACGGUCCGCAUCUGUAAAGUUGGAGAUGAAUUCGCCAGCUCUGAAGGAUGUCACGUCGAGCAAGCCUUCGCCUAAUGCUCCUUCAGUUCCAUUAGAGGAGCCUAUGGCCAUGGACAUAUCUACGGCCAAUGCGACUGAAUUCAAGCCGCAAGAUCUGACCACAGCUGAAGAACCCACCCCAGCUCCUUCAGUCGAUGUCGACAUGAGAGAUGCAGAGGUCAUAGCUGCACCUAAGCCCCCCACGCCGAAGAUGGAGGGAUUGCCAGAUGCACCAAGCACAGAAUGGUCUCCUAUAACUUCACAUCCUCCUAUACAACCGCCCGCGCCACCGUGGGCACCGUCUACCGCGUCGGCGGAUGCUGAUCCUGCCCCUACCGCGCAACAGCCCAGGGCUACCGAGAUGCGUUUAGAGAUGCCGAACUCUACACUGAUAAUUCCUGCGUCUACCGCUGGCGCUACUCCCGGUGCAGCUCCCAAUGCUAUCACUGGCAGCGCUGUUGCGCAGUCGCCUGGUGGUGUUGGGGCAGCUCUGUCGCCUUUCUCCCCAGCAGUGACCAGUGCCGUCACACCUGGUCCAGCGCGCAAGAAGCUCAGCCUGAGUGACUAUACGAGCAGGCGUGCGAAGUUGGCCCAGCAGUCUUCAACCGCAUCUGGAACACCUCCGCACAACCCUACACAGUCAACCAGCUCGCCUACUUUAUCGAACGCGAGCUUGCCGAACAACACUUCUCCUCCAGCUAAAAGCGUGGACCCGGUAUUACCUCCGGUCGCAGAAGAAACGAAACCCACCGCAACGACGGCGACGACGGCGACUACGACCUCUUCUACUAGUACCUGA